AUGAGUACGAUGCUAAAAGGCGGAUGCGAUUUUGGACCGCGCGCUGUAUCCACUCGCCUACUUGGCGGUAUCUGGUGGAUGUUCACACUGGUCAUUGUCUCUGCUUACACAGCCAACUUAGCUGCUGUGUUGACUGUUUCACGGCCUUAUAUACCGAUCAAGGAUCUGGAUGACUUAGCCAAUCAAACUCAGAUCUCUUACGGUACUCGACGAGGAGGCUCAACAAUGCAAUUUUUCCAGGAAUCGCAAAUCAGUAGCCAUGUGAAAAUGUGGAAUUACAUGAAAGAACGCGAUGAGGUUUUUGUGGACAACAAUGCCGAGGGUGUGGAGAAAGCGUUGAGCGAAAACUAUGCAUAUAUGAUGGAAUCCAUUUCACUGGAGUAUGAGAUCCAGCAAAACUGCAACCUGACACAGAUUGGCGGUGUGCUCGGUUCUAAGGGCUACAGUAUUGCGCUUCGUAAAAGUUAG